AUGCCGAAUGCUGAUGCCGCAGUGGUAAAAGCCUGUUCUAACGACGAUGGAGGAGCUGUGGACAGCUGCGCUGCUGGUGACCAUACCCUUUUAACACUGAACGGAGCUUUUGAACCGGAUACUAUACAUGCCGGUCACGUUAUUGUUCGGGCGGGACCGGACGCUUUAAUGCCAUGUCGACGAUUUGCAGCUAGAAUCGUAGUGUUUGAUGUCGUUGUCCCCAUUAUGAAAGGGACCAGAGCUGAGUUAUACUGUCACUCGCUGUGUGAACCAUGCACAAUCGUGAAACUCAUAUCAUCAAUCAAUAAAACAAAUGGACACGUUAUCAAGGAGAGACCCAGAUGCUUAUCCAAGCAGAUGAGUGGGCUAGUUGAGAUUGAGACUGAGCGAGAAGUUGCUGUCGAAGCGUACACGAAUUGCAAAGCUCUGGGAAGGAUUACUAUCCGAGCCGGAGGACAAACCAUUGCCGCCGGAAUAAUUGAGCGAAAAUUGAGUUGA